UCUCAUAUCUGCCACGUCAUCACUCAUCGGAUAGCGCGCCGCGCUUCCCCUGCCUCGCCGAUCGCCGUGCACUCGGGAAUGGCGCUGCGGCCGCUGCUCCACCUCCUCCUCCCGUCGCCUCCCCACCGGAGCCCCAUCCUCCCGCCGUCACCGCCUCCCCCCUCCUCCUCUGCCACCACUCGCCGCACCGCCGCCGCCGCGCUCCUCCUCCUCGCCGCGGCCGCGGGCGCUCCGCCUCCGCGGCCCGCCCGCGCCGCCGCCGAGCUCGAGGACGUCGACGAGGCCCGCGUCGUCCGCCUGUUCCAGGAGGCGUCGCCGUCGGUGGUGUUCAUCAAGGACCUCGUCGUCGCGGGGCCGCAGGGGCGGGGAGGUGGCGGGGAGGAGGAGGUCGACGAGGAGGAGGGCGGCGCCAAGGUGGAGGGGACCGGGUCCGGGUUCGUGUGGGACUCCGCGGGCCACAUUGUAACAAAUUACCAUGUGGUUGCAAAACUAGCUGGGGAUGGAUCUGUGUUUCAUCGCUGCAAGGUAUUCUUGGAGGAUUCUAGCGGCAAAAGUUACUCAAAGGAAGGGACGCUAAUAGGGUGUGAUCCAGCAUAUGAUCUUGCUGUACUGAAGGUAGAUGCUGACAGUGAGAAGUUGAGGCCUGCUCUGAUUGGCACAUCACGGGAUUUGCGAGUUGGGCAAAGUUGUUUUGCCAUUGGGAACCCUUAUGGUUAUGAACACACUCUAACUACUGGGGUGGUUAGCGGAUUAGGGAGGGAGAUACCAUCUCCCAGUGGGAGAGCAAUUCGUGGGGCUAUACAGACAGAUGCUGCUAUAAAUGCCGGUAACUCAGGAGGUCCACUUAUUGACUCUUAUGGCCAUGUAAUUGGUGUUAACACAGCUACAUUCACACGUAAAGGAUCUGGGAUCUCAUCCGGGGUGAACUUUGCCAUCCCCAUCGACACCGUCGUACAGUCAGUCCCCAACCUAAUUGUAUACGGGACCUCUGUGAGCAACAGGUUUUAACCGACAUUGUCCACUUCAAUUCAUGCUGCCACUGUUACGCUCACUAUUCGCCAACAUACUUGGCGUCUGUAUCACUGGAUGGUGCAAGGAAGUUUGCAUGAUCUUGGAUGCGCUGAACUUAGAUGGUACAUACGGCAUUGCACGCUGCCAAAGUUAUCCAUAAUGAGUGCAACUCUGCUACCUCUAACAAGGAGAUGAAUUACUGUGUGAUCUCAAAAAAAAAACAAGGAGAUGAAUUAUCGGAUGUGGCUGAUUGCCUUAGAAAGAUCAUUGUUCCCUGUAGUCUCCGUUCUUCAUCCAUAAAGGCAGUCAAAGAAAGAAACUGCAAGAGAAGAACACACCCGAGGGUCAACUCGGAACAGCGAGAAACAGAGGAGGGCAAGGGGAAGCUGACAGGACAGGUGACGCGUAUAAGGAUUUAGAAACCAUUCUUCUGUCUAAGAUCAAAUGCUCAUACACGAAUAUCGCGUUUCAUCGCUUUGAGUUGAAGCGGUGACCUUCCUGCUG